UCAUCCCGGAAGCAGCCGAGCAGAGAGUGGGGGGCUGGGUUAAAUAUUGCAAACCAACGUGUCAGAGUCUACAGAACCGAAAUCAAAAUAGAAUAAUAAAUAUUAUUAAAAAAAAAAAAAAAAAAAAGGUGUUUGCUUACGGUCCAGGACAACAUGGGAGAACGUCACUGACUGGAAAACCGGAGGGCUAAGAAUGAGCAUUUGAAUGACCCAGCCCCCCGCUGUUCCCCCGCGCUCCGCACUGAAGCGCUCAGAUAAUGGAAGCAAGCUCCUGGAGAUGUCUCUGGGUCGGCUCCUGCGACGUGCCUCAUCAAAGGCCUCUGACCUCCUGACCUUUAAUCCCGGAUCUGGUGGCUCCCGCUCUAUCCUGGAUGGGGAGAUCAUCUACUCCAAGAACAACGUGUGUGUUCAUCCCUCAGAGCUGCUGCAGGGGACCGCUGAGCACCACCCAGGGUACCUGUGCAUCCACAUGGAGAGGGACGAGUUCCUGGGCACUACGCUGGUCCUUGCCUGGGUCCCCAACUCUCGAAUCCAGCGGCAGGACGAGGAAGCGCUGCGCUACAUCACUCCGGAGAGCUCCCCGGUGCGCAAGGCUCCACGCCGCAGGGGCAAACACACGCAGGGGCACGGCAGAGCACAGGCCGAGAGGAGGGAACCGGCGAGGAUAGGCGAGGCGGAGCAGAUCCUGAGCGUGUCUCCCAGAGUGACAGACCCCGUGCACCUAGCCGAUACCCCCUUCCUGGAAACCACCUCAACACGCACCACACACAGCGACUCAGGAAUCCUGUCGACAAUCAGUGGCGCCUCCGAGGAGGAGGAGGACCUGCCUGGGGACGGAGCCCCCGAAGCUGGGGAGGACGAGGGCUUGUGUGACCUCUCUGCCGACGACGUGAGCAGGGACAGCACCAUGGGCUCCGACUCGGACACCUUGUCCUCCCCCUUCUGCCUGUCCCCCAUCAGCGAGGCCCUGGGAGAGAGCAGCAGCGUUUUCCUGGACAACGAGAGCAGAGAGACAUGUGACGAUCCCAUGACACACUCGGCAAGCUCCGCCUCCAGUCUAGACAACAAUGCUGCCUUCCUGGAGAACAACAGCCAAUCACAGAACAGCAAGUGGGAGGAGCAGCAGAAGGUGUUGGCACUGGAGCAGCUGUGUGGUGUCUUUCGUGUAGACCUGGGCCAGAUGAGGUCACUGAGGCUUUUCUUCAGUGACGAGGCCUGUACGAGUGGGCAGUUGGUCGUUGCCAGCCGAGAGAGCCAGUACAAAAUCUUUCACUUUCACCAUGGGGGCCUUGAUAAACUCGCUGAAGUGUUUCAGCAGUGGAAGUGCUGCAGAGAAACCCAGCUGAAAGAUCAGGUGGCAUAUGAGAAGUCAUGCAUGCAGUUUUCUAUCCAGCGCCCCAACCUGCCUUCCACAGAAACACACCCAGAGGAGAACAUGUACAAGCGGCUGGACGUCUCCACCUGGCUCAAGCACCUGAACGAGACUGGGCAGGUGGAGGAGGAGUACAAACUGCGUAAGGCCAUUUUCUUUGGCGGCAUCGAGCCCUCAAUCCGCGGGGAGGUGUGGCCGUUCCUGCUUCGUUACUACAGCUAUGAAUCCACCUCGGAGGAGCGGGAAUCGCUGAGAGUGCAGAAACGACUGGAAUACGAGGAGAUCCAGCAGAGGAGGUUGUCUAUGACUCCAGAGGAACACAAAGAGUUUUGGAGGAAAGUCCAGUUUACGGUCGAUAAAGACGUGGUGAGGACAGACCGCAGCAAUCAGUUCUUCAGAGGAGAGAACAACCCCAAUGUAGAGAUUAUGAGACGUAUCCUGCUGAACUAUGCCGUGUUCAACCCAGAGAUAGGCUACUCCCAGGGGAUGUCGGACCUGGUGGCUCCCAUCUUGACUGAGGUUCAGGAUGAAUCCGACACAUACUGGUGCUUUGUGGGGUUGAUGCAGAACACCAUCUUUAUCAGCUCUCCCAGAGAUGAGGACAUGGAGAAGCAGCUUAUGUACCUGCGCGAGUUGCUGCGAUUGAUGCAUCCUCGUCUGUACCAGCACCUGGUGAUGCUGGGCGAGGAUGGGCUGCAGGUGCUGUUCUGCCAUCGCUGGAUCCUCCUCUGUUUCAAGAGGGAGUUCCCCGACGCAGAGGCCCUGCGCAUGUGGGAGGCCUGCUGGGCACACUACCAGACGGACUAUUUCCACCUGUUUAUCUGUGUGGCAAUUAUAGUGAUCUAUGGAGAUGAUGUCAUCGAGCAGCAGUUGGCAACUGACCAGAUGCUUCUCCAUUUCAGCAACCUGGCCAUGCAUAUGAACGGGGAGGUUGUGCUGCGCAAGGCCAGAAGCUUGCUGUACCAAUUCCGCCUCCUUCCCAGAGUCCCCUGCAGCCUUCAUGACCUGUGUAAGCUGUGCGGGCCGGGCAUGUGGGACAGCUGCUACAUCCCGGCAGUGGAGUGCUCAGGAAACCACCCCGGAUCAGAAAGCUGCCCGUACGGGGGCACCGUGGAGGCCCCCUCCCCCAAACAGGCCAGCGAGGGCAAGAAAGGCUCCAAAACGCGAGACAUCUUCAACUUCCAUUUUGAAUUGGAGUUGUUUUAACCAUGAAGGCAUGUCAUUUGUAAUUCUGUUGUAAUCAUUUGCACUAAAGGUACUGGUGAUUUACUACAGGAAAGCACAAUAAAAUGAAAAAAAAAAAAAAAAAACGUAUUGCAGCAUCACUGUCCACCGUCGCCUUUCUGAAUGUGAGCGAGUGAAAUUAUAAUACCUGUUGUUAUCGAUGAAUGAAGGAUUGAUAUAUACCAGUAAGAAGUCAACUUUACUUACACCCUUGAAGGAGGACUGCAGACACUUUACUAUAAAAACAUGUUCCACAACCUUUUUCACAAUUAAAACCCUAACCUGUAACAACCUGUCAUAAUGGUUUUUGAAGUAAUAAAAAAUAUUAAGUAA